AAUAAUCAAUAUGUAGGAGGAGAUAAUACGGGUUUCGCAGUGGUUCCAACUUCUAUCUUUUUAAGAGCUCUAUACUAUUCAUCAAGUGUUUUCCGGAAAGUGUAGAGGUAGACAAAUCAAUGUAUAUGCAAACAAUACAUAAUACAAACUAGUAAACAAAGCAAUCAACAAAGAGCUUUUCCUCACGAAACCUAGGGUUUCUUCAAAUUAAUGGCCACUAAUACCAUAUCACUACUUCCAAUUCCUUCUUCUUUUAGGAAAUCCGACAAUUUUCCAUUACCUCAUCCUCUGAUUCUCAAACCAGAAAACUCGCUAAGCUCUUUCAUCGGAACCCAUCUCUCAAUUCAGCCCACCAACCCCUGGAAUCGCCUUUCAAAUCACCGCCCGUCAACUGUCGCAACGGUCUCGUUUAGCCUCCCAACUGCGAAACCAGAGAGGGGUUCUUCUGAAAAACUUCCAAAAUGGUCGGCGAGGGCUAUAAAGUCGUUCGCGAUGGCCGAGCUAGAAGCGAGGAAGCUCAAGUAUCCAAAUACUGGGACUGAAGCUCUUUUGAUGGGUAUCUUGGUUGAGGGAACCAGUUUAGCUGCAAAAUUUUUGAGGGCAAAUGGAAUUACUCUUUUCAAAGUGCGAGAUGAAACUGUAAACUUACUUGGAAGGUCUGACUUGUAUUUUUUCAGCCCCGAGCAUCCUCCAUUAACCGAACCAGCUCAGAGGGCUCUUGAUUGGGCUGUUGAUGAGAAACUGAAAUCAGGUAGCAUUUUGUCUUCUACUGGAUGUGAUGAUCUCCAACUUCUUGCGUUGAAAUUAGUGUAUAAUAGUAUUAUUAUCAAUUUGUUUUGAACUCUAAUAAUUCUCUAGGAUUUCAUAUGAGUCAUCUGAAUUGAAUACUGGCUUGUGCUAUUCAGGAGGAUUUAAAGCCCUGUAGGUUUGUAAGCCAUAGUGUUAUGAUCUCAAUUAGUACUCAUAUUCAACUUUUAGGUAUCAUGAAAUAGGAAAUUAAAUGCAUUACACAUGAAAUAAUUGUUGUGUAAAUACGAGAUAUAUUUGGGUUGUCCAAGUUAAUAAAAAACAUAAAUUUGUGUUUAAAGUAUAAAGUGUGCUAGCAUGAGGUUCUUACAUAGAUCCUAGGUAAUUGACGUCCUCUAGAUACAUUAUUUGUAUUUACUCCCUGGUCACUGAAUUUGCAUAAACAUAUUUCAUGUCCUUAUUGAACAUUUUGUCCUUUGCUGCUAAGAGGCUAUAAAAGUUUCAAAGGGAUUUUGUGGGGAGGGAUGGGAAAAGAAUUCAAGUGUCAUUUAGUGAAUUGGGAUUCUGUUUAACCCCAGUCAAGGAAGGUGGUUUGGGCAUCGAAAGUUUGGAGAUCUUCAUUGAGACCCUAUUGUUGAAAUGGCUUUAGAAGUUUUUUAAGUGGAUAGUGGUAGAGAAGGGUGGUGGGUGGUGGCCUUGAAGUAUGGAUGUGAUUGGGGGAAGUGGACAUCUUAAGAGGUCAAUUUGCCUUUUGGUAUGGGACUACGAAAAGUUUGGUAUUAGUUUGAGUAACACACUAGCAUGACAGUUGGGGAUUGUAGGAAAGUGAAGUUCUGGCUUCAUCUAGAAUGGGGAAGAGAGGAUGGUGGAUAUUUUCCCUUCAGCUUUUCGAGAAGCAGCAAACACAGAAGCUAUAGUAGAUGACAAUUUAUGAAGAGAGGAGCAACAAGUAUUGGGAUGUCUUGCUAUGCUAUGAAGCACGGACACUGACACGGACAUGGACACGGAUACGGACACGGGACACGGCAAUUUCCAAAAAAUGGGGAUACAGACACGGCAGGGGACGGCGAUUUUUUAUAUAUAUAUAUAUAUAUAUUUUUAUGUGUUAUGUAGAUUCGUAUUACAUUCAUUCUAAAUCAAAAUUAACAAACACUAAUAUAGUAUCAUUAAUUCAAUAAAUAUAAGAGAGGCAAAAGAUUCAACAUCUAACAUCCAACAAUAAAUAUAAGGGAAAACAUCCAACAUCUAACAUCCAACAAUAUUCUUCACAAAAACACCAAAUAAGAGACAAAGAAGAAGAAAAAAAAGAA